AUGAAGAUCUCGAUGAUACCAAGAUCGCCGGAGACCCCGGACAAAAGGGAGUGUACGUUAGUGUCGUCUAGUGACUCCAAGGGACCCUUAUCUGAAACGAACACCACCGCGGGCAACAAUAACCUUUACAACACCAGCGACGAUAAGGAUGCUAAGGAGAAGGCCAAGAAAAAGACACUCUGCGAGGAGACUGUUUAUGAGUUUGAAGAAGAUGGUCUUACGAUGGAACGAGUCGGAAAAUACCUGGAAAGUAACCCCCUGGUAGUGGAAGCCUGGCUGCGGGACAAAGCAUCUAAUGAAUUAAAAGUAAAGCUUUUGAACACGAGUCUCCUCAAGCAGCAAUCAAGCCUAAUUGUCCGGGGUCAGAAAUCCCAGGAGAGCCAGCCCAGAAAGAGGAACAGCGUGACUACCGACCUUUUCCAGUCCUGGCUGGCUUCUAAUUCGCCCAUUAAGCGCUCCAAGAGCCCCAACCGGUUGUCGACGUCAAUGUCCGGGAGACGAGCAGAGCUGACCCAGCUAGACGAAGGUGAGCUUUUCAUGGAGCUGAUCCGCGACGUGGCCAACGAGCUGGACAUCAACGUGCUCUGCCACAAGAUCCUCGUCAAUGUCGGGCUGCUGACUCACGCGGACAGGGGCAGCCUGUUUCUGGCCAAGGGUCCGCAGGACGAGCGAUAUCUGGUCGCGAAGCUGUUCGACGUGACCCAGGACACCGAGCUGGAGGACGCGAUCCAAAAGGCCAACUCAGAGGAGAUCAGGAUCCCUUUUGGGGUUGGGAUCGCUGGGUACGUCGCUCAGACCAAGGAGAUCAUCAACAUCAAGGACGCGUACAGCGACCCUAGGUUCAACAGCAAGAUCGACUUAAGGACCGGGUACAAGACCACGCUGAUCCUGUCGAUGCCCAUCUGCAACUACGAGGGCGAUGUCAUUGGAGUCGCUCAGAUCAUCAACAAGACCAAUGGCAGCAACGAGUUCACAAAUCGUGAUAUUGAGGUCUUUAAGAGAUACUUAACCUUCUGCGGAAUCGGGAUCCAGAACGCUCAGCUGUUUGAACUGUCUGUCCUGGAGUAUCGGAGGAACCAGAUUUUGCUGAACCUGGCCAGAAGCAUCUUCGAGGAACAGAAUAACUUGGAGUGUCUUGUGACUAAAAUUAUGACGGAAGCCAAGGAGUUGCUCAAGUGUGAAAGGUGCUUGGUGUACUUGCUGGAUUUGGAUUGUGGUGAAGCUGGACAUUUGGAGAAGAUUGUAGAGAGGCCGGGGAAGUCUGUUCAGGAGGACCGCAAACCGCUUUCCAGAAGAGAGAGUAACAACAUUGACAUGGAGGACAUUUUGUCUCGACAAGCGUUGGCGUCAGACGGAAGCUCAAAGUUCACGAUGGUCUUCGAGAUGGAAAAUGGCGUCCAGGAAGCUCGAGUCAGCAGGCCCAGUGUAAGCGAGCUCGCGAGCCCUUUGGGCAGGAUCGCAAGAUACGUCGCAAGCACGGGUCAGAUCCUGAAUAUAGGUGACGCUGCGAUCUGGCUGAGAAAGGGCGUCAUCGACCAGAGCAAAGAGCCUAUCAAAAGUAUCCUGUGCAUGCCGAUCGUCAACGGACAACGAAGUGUCAUUGGCGUAGCUCAGUUGAUAAAUAAGGACAACGGAAGCUCGUUUACCGACAGCGACGUCUCUAUAUUCGAGGCCUUUGCGAUUUUCUGCGGACUUGGUAUCCAUAAUACCCAGAUGUAUGAAUCGGCGUGCAAGCUGAUGGCGAAACAAAAGGUAGCCCUUGAGCCUGUAAAAUACCACAAUUGGCGACACGCAUUAAACGUCGCUCAAACGAUGUUCGCAAUGCUAAAAACGGGAAAAAUGGAGCAAUUCAUGACCGACUUAGAGAUCUUGGGUCUUCUGGUGGCCUGUCUAUGCCACGAUCUGGACCACCGAGGAACAAACAACGCCUUUCAGACAAAAACCGAGUCGCCAUUGGCGAUCCUCUACUCUACGAGCACCAUGGAGCACCACCACUUUGAUCAAUGCGUGAUGAUUCUCAACUCCGACAGCAACAACAUCUUCCAAACCUUGUCAAUGGAGGAUUACCGACGCGUCAUGAAGGUCGUCGAGAGUGCAAUUCUUUCUACAGACUUGGCCGUGUACUUCAAGAAGAAAAACAAAUUCAUGGAGUUGAUCGACGACGGAGAAUUCGACUGGCAGAGCGAGGAGAAAAAAGAGCUACUCUGCGGAAUGAUGAUGACAGCCUGCGACGUGAGCGCGAUAGCCAAGCCCUGGGACGUCCAGCACCGAGUAGCAAAGCUAGUGGCCGAUGAAUUUUUCGACCAGGGCGACCUGGAGAAGCUCCAGCUGAACCAACAGCCAGUCGCGAUGAUGGACCGCGAACGCCGCGACGAACUUCCGCAGAUGCAAGUCGGGUUUAUCGACGUUAUCUGCCUGCCCUUGUACAAGGUCCUCUCAGAGACCUUCCCGUGGAUCAUGCCUCUCUACGAGGGCACCACCGAGAAUCGGAGGAACUGGCAGGAUUUGGCAGAGAAAGUCGAGAUGGGGCUCACGUGGAUCGACCGCGACACCAUCGAAGAACCCGUCGAGGAGUUCGUAUCCCAGGAGCCGAAAGACAUCGAAUUUACAGUGACUACUCUCAACUGCACGACUGCGACUCCUGGAACUGCCAAAGAGUUCCCCAAGACCGCUCUUGGGAGGUUCGCGUCGCUUCGGAAGGGCGGAAGGUCACUCGGGAAAGGAGUCAGACAUCGACUCAGCAAGUCUCUUUAUACCAGAAAUAAUUCGGAAGAUACUGGAAAGGUCAAGGUUAUGCUUCCUGACCGGAAGAGCAAUAAAAACAAACUCUGCUUGCUUAUUUGA